CGGAGUUGGUUCGCUUGAUAUUAUUUUCUAUGAUCAGUAGCAUCUAUAACCGCCAGCGUGUCAAUUCAGACAUUACCGAGCGAUAUUGAACUUAGCUUCCGUUCUGCUGUUCUGAUUCAACCCUCGCUUCUGCCGUUGGACAGCUCCUGCCCCGCCACAAACUCGCAACGUUCUAAUACAUCUGUCACCUUACGCCAACACAUCCACGGCUUCAGCCCACACCCUUUGGAAUCUGCCGAAAUUGCGCCAAAAUGAGUGGUGGUUGGAACACCAUCGAGUCCGAUGCGGGCGUCUUCACCGAUCUUCUCACCAAUCUCGGCGUAAAAGGUGUCCAAUUCGAAGAACUCCUCUCCCUAGAACCCGAUGCCCUCGCGCAGCUGCACCCCGUCUACGGCGUCAUCUUUCUCUUCAAGUACCCGACAAACGAGCCCUACCGAGGGACUGACAAGCCUCUCGAUGGCACCUUUGACUACGACGCCAGCGAACGACUCUUCUUCGCUCAUCAGACCAUCCAGAACGCGUGUGGUACGCAGGCGCUCCUGAGCGUGCUCCUCAACAAAGCCAACCCGUCCGUCUCCCAAGAAGGCGAUGCGGGGUACAUCGACAUCGGCGACAAGCUUCGCGACUUCCGCGACUUCACCAUCGCCCUGCCGGCCGAAAUCCGCGGCGAAGCGCUCUCCAACUCGGAGCUGAUCCGCGACACGCACAACUCGUUUGCGCGCAGUAGUCCCUUUAUCGACGAGACGCAGCGUCGGCCCGAUGAGGAGGAAGGAGACGCAUUCCAUUUCAUUGCGUACUCGCCCAUCGGCGGCACCCUUUACGAGCUCGACGGCCUGCAGCCGGCGCCCAUCAGCCACGGCGCUUGUACCCAGGAGGACUUCCCGCAGAAGGUUAUGGACGUUCUGCAGCGGCGCAUUGCCAGGUAUGACGCCAGCGAGAUCCGGUUCAAUCUGCUGGCUAUGAUCAGAGACCUGCGGAUUCGGGCACGCGAGUUUGCCGAUGAGGAAUUGCUGGCGAGCGAGGAGCGCAAGCGUGAGGCUUGGCGGUUCGAGAACGCCCUGAGGCGACACAACUUUGUGGGGUUUGCGGGCGAAAUUCUCAAGGGUGUUGUGUCGGCGAAGCUUGCGGCAGGAGGAAGUGCGUAUGACGACUGGGUUAACCAGGGCAAGAAGAAUAUGGAGAAGAGGGCAGCUGAGCAGAGGGCAAGGAAAGGUGGAGAGGGGGAAGACGUAGAGAUGCAGGGCUGAAGAGUCCCAUUUACUCAUCUAAGAAACUGGCGGGGGCAUUUGUUUGGUUAUGUGUAUGAUCACGAUUAUAUGAGCUCCCUGAUCGGCCAUUGUAAGCACGCUGGGUGCUGAGGGGGGACAAUGUGCGAUCACCAAAGGCUUGUUGUACAUGUGGUGAAGAGAUAAGAAGCAUCGGUGGAUUUCAUACAAAAGGGUUAUGAUAUCAUAAGAGCCAUGACUGUCAAAUACCCAAGAUACCCCCAGUGGCGAAACCUCAAUAGCAGCUGUAUUUGCUCAAGCAUCACUUCUCACGCAGCAAAGGGGGCACAUCCAACUGAACUCGGGGAUGCUGGAUUGGGUAUCGUUUCGGGAAGGCUAGCUACCUGAACAUCAUGCGGCUCUGCAUCAGGGGCAGACAGGUACGUCACAGCCACUCUCAGAGCUCAGGUAACCCGCAGUUCGGUUUGGCGUCCCGUUGGCAAUUACGCCAGGACUUGAAUGAUUACUUGUUUCGCCGUGUCAUGCUUUCUCAAAUUCUUUUAUUGAGUAUUCAUGAUCGACCCCUUUUUCCCUGGAAUCGUGACCUUGACCCGAAAAAUGCCAUGCUCGCGUACACCGUUCCGGAAAAAAAGUGAAGCCCUCAAUCAAAACAUCCCCUCGUCCAAUCACCUAGCUAUCAAAGCGCAUUUAAGCGGCAGUGAUGGCACGGCGGACGCGAGCGCCACGCUGGCGGGAGGAAAGGUGAGCCUCCUCGCGGACAACGGCCUCGGACUUCUGGACGACCUCAUCGGCCUCAGUGAGGAUAAGCUCGAUGUGGCAGGGGUUGGACAUGUAGGGGUUGAU